GCUCUCGAUCUCUUUACGCUUUCAUUGCCUUUCGCCCGACAUGUUUUGCAUGCGAAACCUCCACGAAACAUCCACGCAGCGAGCGAGGUAACUUUAUCCCGAUUCUAAAAAUAACUCGAGACGAAUUACCUAUGGAAUAGGGUGUGUAUGGGGGAUGCCGUCUCUGUCCCCUUUAUCCUCUCUUGGUUUCUAUUGUUUGCGCCCGCAAGUACGAAAUGGUUAGGAUGAUGUAAACACAGAAACUCCCGAAGGGACAGCUUACAGUAGGUAGAUUUUGUGACAUGAAUUGUGUAGUCAUACUUCGAUACUCUUUUGCGAUACGUGUUAUCAGUGACAUUCUGUGGAGAAGUUGUUAUGAAAGUUAUUGACCAAAAGACACUCGUUAAGCGCAGAUGAAGUUAUAAGGUGCGUAGAACAGUGACUAUAUGCGAGUUUGCUAGACACGAGUUCACAAAUCUUCUGAUUGGAAACCUUCAGCUGAACUUUCUUUUUCUUUGACCGGAAUAAGACUCGGCCCAAAACAAGCAAGACGAGUGAACAACGGCUAGCUUAUCACUAGCAGAACGAUGGACGAUUACCGAAAUUCGCCGACCAUCAAAUUCUGUGCUGACUUAUUCCCUGCUCACAGAUGUCCUUCCACUAUAAAGUUUAAAAUAAAACUAGAAUGCGCGAGCGUGAAUUGAUCAAACGUCCUUCUAAGGCUUACUUUCCGGCAAAUAAAAUGAACUAAAUGUAAAAAGUGAAAUAGAAAUAGCGAAAAAUUAAACUUGUAAUUAAAUCUUUUCUUAUGGUUUAGAAUAAACUAUUCUCGAAACGGAGAAUGUUUUGAUCAAAGCUGUGUAAAUCGAACCGAAACUGUGCAUGGAACCUUGCGUUUAUUCCUGUAUUUAUCUCACCUAUUGUAUGGAAUAUGUGUGAACAUCUUCAUUAUGAAUCGGUGUGUUUCAAAGAGCUACACAACGAGCAAGAAUACUAUACAGAGCGGGGGCAGCUGUAGUGUCAACUAUUACUAGUUAUAUAUAGGUUCGUUAUAUCGAGGUCCACCGUCUUGAUUUGCAAUAUAUUGUGAACUCAAGGGGUUUAAGGCCUGGGUCAAAGGUGUGUUUGGAGCAUAUGAAUGAUUAGAAAUGGACUACUUGCACUAAGAGGUCACGUGACCAAUGCUUUCUUUAAACAAUGAGUAGCGCGUAAAAAUUAUCUUACAACCAAAAUUUGAUUGACAGCUGUGAAAGGUUUGAAAGGCGUGAGUCAUUUCAAAAGUAGGUGAGUUUAAUCGUCCGGGUGAACGUAGUCCUGAAUAGGACUGUUGUUUUUGACAGCGACUGACGUUUCGACAACUUGUGCGGUAGUCAUCUUCAGAGUCAAAGUGAGUUGUAUCACGUCCGUUGAUGGUAUUAUACUCUGGGUAUUGAUCUGAUUCCACGUUCCGAUGUUAUUGGUCGUCUGUCAGUUAAGCUGUGAUGUUAUUGGCGAUGAAGACUCGUAAUCAGUAACUGGUGCGUUUCGAUCCGUCUAUCGUCACAGUUAAACAGUCGUCUAUUGUUAGUCAAAUUGUCAGUUCUCAGUUUUUCUUAAAACGUUACCACAUCAUCUUUUCAACAAUUUCCUUGAAAUUUAAGUGCAAAUUUCUGUUCAGAAAGAGGUAAUUCAUAGUUUUAAAAAAUCACAUAUUGGUCCCUUUACCAGCUAUACGAACUUCCUCAUUUUAAGAAAAUGGUGCGGGUUUGAAAAACACUUCACGUUUGAAAUGACCGUCCAUUGCACUUCAACAAAAAACUAUGAGGCAAAACAUCAUUUUAAAGGCCCAAAUUUAAUCUUUAAUUAUUUAAAACUUAAUUUUAAACUUCGCAUACAUUCAUUCCAAACGUAGAAAGUUAGGUAUGUUUAUCCUCUUUCAGAAAUCCCAAUUUGUUUAUCCAAACAAAGUAAAUUCGCCACCAAUUCGCCAAUUUCUUUCAUUUUCAAUUUUUGGUCAGACAUGUCACGUGACCAUAAUUAAACGUCAAGACAGAAGAAAAGCUCAAGAUUUACUAUUGUGGAAAAAUCAUUUUGUUCUAGGUCUCUUAGCGAGAGAUAUAGGCCAUUUGCGCUGAGGGGUCAUGUGACAUCAUUUUUAUGAAAAUGAAAGUUAUAUGAUUUUGCCUUCAAAAAAUUAUUAGUGGGUCAUAUCUUAAACAAAAUAAUAGUGAAUAUGAAUUAGAAAAAUGUUAUCUCUCAAUUCUUGUCUUAAACCGCCCACCAACUCGUCAAUAAUUUACGAUUUUUACCAAAAUGGUCCCGUGACAUGUCACGUGACUUAUUAACACAAAAUUUAUACUUUAAAAAUACUAAUGUUAAGGACAAUGAGUUCUUUAUGUGUGCCAAAUCUGAUUUUGGUACAACGCCAUCAUCUUUACCAAAGUAAUUUGACACCCACUAUUUUGUCCCUGCCUUUCUUUACUCACUUUACUUGACUUUUCCCGAGACGGACACUUAGUGCUGGUCACACAGGUGGUGUCCGUCUUCAAGAGAGUUGACAGAACCCUACCUGGGCGCCAGUGCUUGGGCACCAAGGAAAAAGCUCAAAUAAAAUUUCUUUUUGUUUUGUUCCUUUUAUUUCUGCAGCAGGCUGAAGGUAAAGAGGAUGAAUCGUACGAUGACUCUAUGAAUGUUGUUCCAAAAACGCCGCAAUCCUUGUAACGCACGCCAAAGACGAGAAACGAGUUCAAACGAGCGAGAGAACCCUGAUAUUCUAAGGACUGGGGCGAAAGUUCCACGGCGUCUGAAGACAAAAAGGGUCGAAUGAACCAGGCUUGUUUUGGAGUAUCAUGAGUGCGCGUAGUACUAGGGAGCUCAAUCAACGAAGGCGACGGCUACGAAUAUGACACUUAAAACGUAAAUUUGCGCUGCCUCAAACUUUAUCGCGCUUAUUCCAUCUUCUUUAAUUUGUUAGAUUUGGAGUUGAAUUCUAGAGAACUGUAUCAAAGUUCAGGGAAAGAAAAAAGAAAGUUGUUGUCUUGUGUUCCCGUCCUCGACAAAACGUGAAAUUAGGCACUUUCACGUUGUAGUCGUGCAUCGACGGCAAAGAAAUGUACAAAAAGCGUGAUCACGUGCAAAGUUGUUGUUUUGCUAAUAUAAACCUAUUGCUUUGUUUCCGUUCUCUUUGCCGUCGCUAUUGUCACUCCUUAAGCUCUCCACUGAGACUAACCGCACGGGGCUGAGGGAUCGGGGGAGGGGGGUUGGGUGGUUGAUGGGUCAUGGGUGAUGGCGAGCGCGCCAUCACUUCACACGCGAAGUUCGUUCAAAUUCUACGAAAAAUAUUAUCAUCAUCUCCAUCAACGUCCUUAUCAUCUUCUUUUUCAUGGCCAUCUCUCACCAUCACUCAUCAGCAUCAUCGUCAUCGUCAUCAUCAGUCACAUCCUGAAUCGCAUCAAGAUCUCUCUGAUUGGCACCCAGUGCAUAAGCAAUGCGCAUGAUGCAGUUCUGCUCUGAUUGGCUAAAGUUUAAGUGUCAUUUUCCAGUCAGAAUAUCAUCAAAAGGAUAGAAAUCAAAACACGAUAUUAAGUGAGCACUACUGUUUUCUUUCUCUCAAGCUGAAACUCUGAUUAAUUUCCAAGUCGAUUCUCACCGAGCGAGAGCGACCAGAGUGCGCAUCCAACGAAGACAUUUAAGUAGGCCGGGUAGCUGGUAGUGUUCUGGGGAAGCGUAGUGGGAAACCCUCAAAGGGAGCACCAGCGAGCAGCGACGUCUUCGUUUCGCCACUCAUUUGCUGAGAUCUACAGUUACCAGCCACUGUUGCCUCGAUGCGCUUGUGCGGCUGGAGACUAAACCUACUCAUUUGCGCGCCUGCCAGACAAAAUAUCAGUAAACUACCAGCAACGCGGGCUUACCUUUUCGGGAUUCACCACACGAGGAUUGUCGCAAAGGUGUUUGAGAAACAUAGGAAGAGCAGUGGAGUGUAAACAGUACCGGCUGUGACCGGUGGCUUGCUCCUUUUUGUAUUUGCGCCGUUAAGCUGAAGAAACUGAAGUCCCAGAUUUAACGUUUUUUGCGCCCCAAAAAAUCAACUAGAGAGUUUAAUCUUCACUUAUACAGUUUUCUGAAAAUAGAAAACAAGCUGAUAAAAACAGCUCAAUUAGGCUCCUGGCUCAAAACAGUUCUUAUGGAUAAAAAAUACUAAAUUAUGUGGAGAAAUAAUGAACCAUAACGACAAGUAAAGGAGAAACUUGGUCACGUGGCACGUGGUACAAAUUCGCGUUUACCGUUUGACUUAGUCCAGACUCGUACCCAGUCGCCACAACGCAAAGGAAUACGGAAGAGGCAAUUUGAAGCGCGCAAGAGCGCUUGGGAAGGAGUGAGAAAAAGUGACGCACCGCGAACUCACUAAAUCCUUCCCAUUAAUCACAGUGCAUACAGAGAUGCGACUGGGUACGAGUUUGCUCUUAGUCGGGGUGCUCAUGGCCCAGACGGUUUCAGGAGAGUGACCGAUCCAAAGGCGUUCUUUUUAAAGGGACAUUGUCCUAACCGUGAUGCGCACGCGCGAACUUCCUUUUUCAUUAUUUCUCCUUUUCUUUGCUUUUCUUUUCUUAGCGUUGUCUGCAUGUAUUUAAACCAGUAACGGACUGAAAAGAUUUCACUCCAACGGUUUUCUCUAAUGAUUCAGUUCUAUGUUACCUUGUGCUCCUGGUAAGAUGAUGUUGUACGACUUUGGUGUGAAACAGUAUUUGAACUCCCAAUACCAGAAUUCUCAACGUUGGAUUUCAAAUGGUCCUGGUUGUUCAAUUAUUGGAUAGCACUAUCCAGCGGAUAAGCAUUAAGAAAAACAAUUGCGCUAUUCACUUGUAUAUCAUGAUUUAUUCAGUGGAUAGCGGAUCCACCUUUCGAACCAAAGUUAGGGGGCUCCUGGGCCUGAUGAUUUCUAGCGAGUUUUUCCUGCUACGGGAUAAUAUAUAAAACGCUGGGCAAAAAUUGCAUGUAGCAUAAGGAAUGAUUUUGUUUGUUUGUUUGUUCUUUCUAAUAAAUUUCUCUCUCGAUAUCAAGUGCAAUUAGGCUUCUCGCAGCAACCUCGCGGUUAUCUUUUUGACUGGACUUCCGGUGAAGCGUCCACUUGGUCCCAGUUCCACAAGAUUGGACGCAUAAAAAGAAACAGUCUGGGGUCUGGGGCCAAGUGACACCACGAGGCUGCGAACAAUUCAACAUGGUGGGCAAAUUGGUCGAUUUGUUGUGCUUAUAUUUCUCUAUCGAGGUGAACUUGCCUUCAGUCUCUUGAUUAUCGUUCUUCUCAUUUUUUUCUUAGGUGUUGUAUGUAUUGUAUGAACAUGCUUCGGGUUAUGCUGUCUUCAAAGUUGUUAGCCAAGAAGAGAUCGGUGUCCUAUUACCUGAAGUGCAAGAGUCGGUCACUGAUCUUUCUCGAUUCGGAAAGUUAGUGAAACUAGCAGCAUUUUCGCCGUUUAAGUCGGGAGCCAAUGCUUUGGACAACAUCAACUGCAUAUCAGAAGGUUUGUUGUCUUCAUAGUUGGAAAGGGGGUCAGUGGAAAACGCAGACUGCGGCUAUAAUUGUUUUCACCAUGCAAAUGAGUACUUGACAACAUGGUCGUAUUGUUUUCUAACCUUAAAAACAAUAGUCCGCAGUCAGUCCGCAGUCUUCAUUUUACACUGCCCCGUUGGAAAGGUUAUAGUUGCUGAAAUUCGAAUGAUCAAAAUGCAAAUCAUUGUGCUGAAAUUUGCACUGUUUGAUCUACAUUUUUAUGAUCAAUUUGUUAAUUAAGGCGAACCAAUCGCCUAUUUCUUGAAUUAUGCUCUCGCUUGGUCGUCCUUUAUUCUAGGUGGAAAGCUAUAAUAAGUAAACCUGGCCACUUAUAUACAGGGCUAUCAACCCCCUACUUCUUCAAAUAUUAGGCUGAUUUAGCAACAGAAUGGGAACGUCAGCUGACGACGGUGCACGCAAAUCAAACAACUGGCUUGAACAAAGGCAGAGUGACAAAUUGGGCACCAGAAGUCAAGUUUAGUCCUUUCCACGCACUUUCCUGUUGUCAAAUGAUGUUCCCAUUCAGCCUAUUGAGAAUUGUUGGGAAGGGAUGAUAGAUGAUUUCAUAACGCACUGCACAUGAUGUCAUUUGUGCAAAAAAUACUCAUUGGUUCUCUCCGCACAGGCCAAAACAUUUGACCUGAUUGGUUUACUUUCCACCAAUCACAUUAUUAUGUUUCAAUGGCAUACCGGCUGGUUUAUGAGGAAACGUGUGAUGUUAACAUUAAAAUAGCUCAAACAACGCAAAGUAUUUGAAUUUUAUUGUCGGAAAGUCAAGGCUACUGAAGAAAGGGCAACCUUUGGCAAUUAUCCAGGAGAUACGGUCCAAAAACUGGAGUCUCCUUACCCCCUCUUGGAUGCAUUGUAACAAAAGUUUUGUGAAAAAUUGCCCAGACUGUAACAUACACUGUUCAAAGUGAUUUUGUCUUGCGCUGUUUUCGUUACAGCUGACAUUUAAUGAAUCAAGAUGCACUGAUUGUUGCAUCAAUAUGUUGAGAUGGGACUUUUCAUUUCAAGCAAAGGGGUCUUAUAUUGGGCAUAUCUUGUAUCACUUGUCUUGUAGAACAUAGUUGUGGGUCAAGUUAAAAGGAAAAAAUAGUUAACUCAACAUAGCCUUUACUCAGUAAUGUUAGGUAUACUUUGCAGUUAAGCCAGUCUACCUUGUGGCAUUUUUUAAGGAAACAGUUAUUGUUGGAGAGUAGGAAGCUGAAAUUGGAUCUCUACAGGACCUGAACUUAGACGAUUCCUAGAGGACCAAUAACGUCUUUCCGGAAGGCUUACAUGUGCAAAUAUCACCUGCUUCUGUGGGCUAUAUUGAUGGUUAUUUUCUGGUAGAAUACAUCACAAGUCAUUUGAUUGUUAAUUUUUAUUGUUAUUUAAUUCCUAUGAAUUAGGUAUCAUUCACGAUGAUCUCAAGACGUUUCUGGAGGCAAAUGUACCAACUGGCAAAAAGAAAAGCAAAGUUCUUCUUGGAGUGGGUGACUCGAAACUUGGCGCAGCCAUUCAGGAAACAGUUGACAUCCACUGUGAAUCUGGUGGACUGGUACUCGAAGUUCUCAGAGGGAUACGCUUUCAUUUUGAGAAGAUGAUCAAAGGAUUAACUGGGCCAAUGGCAGCCAAAGCUCAGCUGGGCCUGGGGCACAGUUAUUCCAGGGCAAAAGUGAAGUUUAAUGUUCAUCGCGUCGACAACAUGAUCAUUCAGUCUAUCAGCUUGCUGGAUCAGCUUGACAAGGACAUUAACACUUUUUCCAUGAGAAUAAGGUAUAUCCAGUACCUCUUUUUGUUUUGAGUUUGUAUUUUAUGGUUAUACUAUGCAGCUUAUCAUGUGAAGCAAAUUAGGCAGGUACAUCUUUGAGCAGAGGCACUCAGUGGAUUUGUGCUCUAUGACCAAAUAAGUGUGCCUCUCAUUUUUUGUAAAUGUAUAUAAUAUUCAUUUUACAAAAAUACACACACCCGUAGUUAGCAAGAGCUACUUGAUGAUGUGGUGGCAAGCAGUGGCUACACAAAAUAUUAAUGUUAAUAGGAGCAUAUUAAAUACUUUUAAGGACCAAAAGGAAAAAAAAUAAUUUAAGUAUGUAAUACAUUAAUGUACAACCAACAUUAUGACACUGUGAAGGGCAAACAUAAAAAGCUGAGGUUUCAUGGUAUUUUCUCUAUUAAAUCAGGGAAAUCAGUAACAAUUUAAUAUUAUUAAGUUAUUUUUUGUGAAAGUCUGUGAAGUAUAAUAUGGUGGAUAUUAAUUUCAACUUUGUAUAUUAUUUGGACAGUGGACGCAUUUAAUUUGGGCAUGGUUGUUAAUAAAAGGCACUUAAAAUAUCAUUGAAAUGUUGGUGUUGAUCUAGGUUUGUUUUCUUAUUUCAUAACAGAGAAUGGUACUCUUAUCACUUCCCCGAGCUUGUCAAAAUUGUUUCUGAUAACUACAUGUAUGCAAAGACUGCUCAAUACGUCAAGUCACGUAAGGACUUCACUGAAGACAUGCUUGAAGGCCUAGAAGAGAUAGUAAUGGAUUCAGCAAAAGCCAAGGCAAUUUAUGAUGCUUCUAAAUCUUCAAUGGGUAAGUCAACUGCUAGUGUGUACAUUGCAUGUUAGAGGUUAAAAUUAAAUUCAGGUAAAAAAAAACUUUUAAUGUAGGUUGAUUAUCAGUUUCCUUUGUCUUCUAGCCCUAAUUAUUCGUGAAUUACAGUGGGGCUAGGAGACUAUGGAAAUCGAGAAUCAACCUAGGUUAAAAAAUUUAAACUGAAUUUAGUUUUAACCUGUAUCAUGUACAUGUAAUAUUUUACAGAAUCACAAUGGUGUGCUGAUGGCUUCUUAUUCAUGAGGACUGUUCAUUCCCAAUGUGUGUUACAUGUAUCUCAUUUGCAUGAAUAUCUGGGCAUAUCUUAGAACUGUAUCGCCUUAGUGAUUCAAGGCAAAAUUAAUUUGCAUGCAGCUUUCAUUGGUUGGAAGAAUAAUGCAAAUGGAGAGCAAGUGAAUUUGGAAAAAUAUGUUAAAGCUGUUUUCCUGAACAUUACUUGUCAUGAUGAAUUCUUGUAUCAACAAGACUCUUUUCAAAUCCCUGAACUUUUUACUUUGAGCCUUAAAGUCGAUGUAAUGCAGCAUCUAAUGCAAGUCUAUUGUGAGCCAUUCAAUCACUGCUAGUUGUUGUUAACAGAAUGGAAUGUGAGCGGAUUUUUUCAAUAUUUUAUCUUAUUGCUUCUAUAUAUAUUUUCUUUUUGGUUGUUGUUGUUUUUCUUUAAAUAACCUUAUAGGGGAAGCACAAUUACUGGUAACCCAGAAAGUUAUGUUGUGUCCCAUAAAUGAGGCCAGAAACAAGUCAUUUGAACAUAAACAUAACAAGGUUGAGAAUCCCAACUUGCUGGAGACAAACCAGUUGGCUAUUUACAAGGGUCGCCAAGGAUUGCACUUUCAGUGCUCCAACCACCCAGCAAUGCUGCCUUCCCUUUUUUUUAACUCUUAAUGUUCCUGCCUGUUUCAAGUAGUUUCAGCCCUUUUAUGUGUGUAUACAUUAUAGCUUAAAAAUUACAAAAAGACAUAGGAUGUCACAUGACCUGAAAUGAGGAAACAAAUAGAGUAAAACAUCUGUUAAGAGAAAAUGAGUAUCUACUUACUCAGCUGCACUAGUGAAAGAACCUUUUUAAAUAAAUUCAUGCAGGGCGAUAAAUUAUUAUUCUGAGUCAUCCAACAUUCCUUUUUCUUCAUGACUGACAAAUUGAUCUUAUUAUCUUUUCCCCAUAGGAAUGGAUAUCUCACCAAUUGACUUGAUAAACAUCCAAACCUUUGCAUCACGAGUGAUAGGCCUUGCCGAAUACAGAAAAAGUCUCCAUUCCUAUUUGGUGUCUAAAAUGAAUCAAGUGGCCCCUAACUUGUCCGCUCUCAUCGGAGAACAGGUAUUUACAAUUUUUCUGUCUUCAUCAGUUAACAACUAGCCUGCAUCGGAUGGCAGUUUUGGUUGGGCGCACUAAAUAAUAAAGGCAUGCAAGGGUAGAGCAACCACGAGGAGACUGGGGUGGGAGCAACUUGAAAAACCAAGUAUUUGUUUCUUGCGGCUUCGCUGCUUGUUCAUUUUUGCGGCUAUGCCACUCAGUUAUGCUCCUGAUGAAACCACCAUGCUACGCAGGCUUAUUAACAACUGCAACUGGUGUGUUACUUGCCCACUCUCAUCACAUUUUUGUUAAGUUAACAUAAACUACUUUAACUUCUCUAUUAAGCCCCCCUCUAAUAAGUCCCCCCCUCUUUUCAGGGGAAGAAAGUUAAUAAGCCCCUCCCUAACCUCCCCUAAUUAUUCUUCACUAAUAAAUGAUAGAUUGUAUUAAUCCUCACCAACUGUAAAGCGUUGUGUGGACUGAUCCGGCAUGGUUUAUUUACCAACGGAAAGUUCGGAUUUGAUUCUGCUCCUCGGCUGCAUGACCUUCAGUCUUCUUGUACUUGAGCUUUUCCACUUUGUAUCCUAGUUCUUUAUGGAGAACUGAUACCAUCAUCUUUUCUGAAUUAAAUAAGCCCCUGUCUCUGUCUCUGUCCCCCCCACCUUCUCCCCUCAAAUCGGCUCGAAAUAAAUAAGCCCCCCAAGGGGGAUUAAUAGAGGAUUUACGACAUGAUAACAACUACAAGAUGAUUUGUUGGUCUCUUUUCUCCAUGACGUGGUUCUGUAUGCCAUAUACCAUGGAUGCUUGGCCAAUCAAAACUCGGGCUCCCUACGCUAAUCGCCAUGGUAAGAAUACAUCUGCAUACUUGUGAAUCAGAUACUUGUACAGACUCUUUACCAAAAUGCAGAGCUACUGAUAUCAUUAAGCUCAAUAAUGAUAUUGGUAAUGUUAAUGGAGAGGAUAAUGACUAAUCCAGCAAUGUUCUUUAUGUGUUAGGUUGGAGCACGGCUGAUUUCCCAUGCUGGUAGCUUGACAAACCUGGCAAAAUAUCCUGCUUCAACAGUUCAGAUCUUAGGAGCUGAGAAAGCCCUCUUUAGGUAAGGUUUGCUGAUAACUCUGAUAACUGAUUGGGUCCACAAUGUUUUGAUAAAGAAGUAAACAUGUUUUACCUUGAAGAUCCAAGUUCUUAACCCGUAACAGAACCGAAUUGCAAAUAUAGUAGAUCAUUAUUUUUCUUGUUAAAUGUCGCGGCUGUGUUGUCGAUUCAGCUGGCAUAGUGAUUCUCGCGACAUCUUGGAAGAUUUAGCAAAGACAAUGCGACGACACUGUCGACGGCAAGCGCAGAUCUAGGAUCUGGCUCUACCAAUGGCAGAGCAGUAAAUUGAUCACCGGAAGUCGCGUUUAGGCCUUUCUGCACACUUUCCUGUUCUCAUUUGACGUUGAAAACGCGAGAAACGGUUCGCGAUUGAUAACUAACUUUUGAACAGUCCUUUAUAUGGAUGGAGCAAAACGAUUCAAAAACGUUAGUAAGGAUGCAAGUGGACAUAAGUGGAUGGCUAGAAAAAAAAAACAGAUUUGCUGCAAAUAACUCUGCAAUUUUCUUGCUCUCUGCAGAGCUCUAAAGAAGAAAGGUAACACUCCAAAGUAUGGCCUUAUAUUCCAUUCAUCGUUUAUCGGCCGCGCUGGUACCAAGAACAAGGGCCGAAUCUCAAGAUACUUAGCAAAUAAGUGCUCUAUCGCCUCCAGGAUCGAUUGCUUCUCAGGUAACGUAUUUACUCUACCAAGAACUUUGCUAGCAGAUACGUUAAAUGUCGAGAACUGCAGGGCAUAAGUUUUUUCUCUUUAACUUGCGUUAUUAUCAGUUGUACAAUAAACUAGCGUGAGAAAACAGCCGACGUUUCGCGAAGACACCACUGGUUCCCCGCGAAAUGACAUCAGUGAGGAACGAACGCAGAAAUUCCAUACUGAUGACGUGUCACUUCUCAGAUCUGAAAUGAAUUUCUUUUUUAAUCGAAAUGAACAGGAGCCUAUGAAAUGAAAUGAUUUGUAAAUAGUGCUUUGACCGAAUAGUUUUUUUUUCUUCAGCGAGAUUAAUUGUAAAUAGGUACUAUUAUAAUAGCAAUAAUAAUAAUAAUAAUAAUAAUAAUAAUUAUUAUUAUUAUUACUAUUAGAGAUUUAUAUUUUAGCAAUAGAUUUAUAUCUCGUCUAAUGGAUCAGCACCUUAGCUGUAUUAUUAAAAUCAGCGCAUUGACAAUUAUUAUUAUUAUUAUUAUUAUGGCGAAGACUUUGCCAAAAAAAAAAAACCGUUUCUUUCGCCACUUGGUGCUUUACAGCUCAUCGUUGACGAAAACAGUCAAUAUCAAUGAAUUAUCUCUCUUAGUUCCUUUAAAAUCUUCCUAAACGAUUCUGGGCAUUAAAUGAUGAAAGUAUAAUUUUGGGUGGAUUCAAGUGAAUGUUGGAAUUUGUGAUUUUUCGUCAUUGUACAGAAACGCAGUCGUGUGUAUUCGGCCAGAAGCUGCAUGAACAAGUGGAAGAUAGGCUGAAAUUCUACGAGACUGGAGAGGCUCCACGAAAGAACAUCGAUGUGAUGAAGGAAGCCAUCGCUGAGUUCGAGGAAAAAAGCCAGGAAGCGAGCGAAGACAUGGGCGAAAAGAAGAAAAAGAAAAAGAAAAAGAAGGAGAAAAAAGAAAAAGCUCAAGCUGCCGAAGAAGAGCUGGAGAAAGAUACGACAAUGGAGGACUCCGCAGUCGUGGAAAAUGGUCACGAGGAACCAGGGAGCAGCAAGAAGAAGAAGAAGAAAAAGGACAAAGGAGAGAAGAGAAAGGCAGAGGAAGAAACGGAAGAGGUGGAAGCUGAACCAACCAAGAGUGAAGAAAGCGGUGAACCAGUUAAGAAAAAGAAGAAAAAGAAGAAGAGAACCGAUGAGGAAUAA